AUGCUGCAAAUUCCUUACCUAAAUCAGUGGAGAUCAUUUCAGAUAUUUUACUACAAAAAAGGAAAUCCGAAGUGGCCUCCGGAAAGACACCAUCUAACGUACAAUUUCAAAUCGAGCGCCAAUGUUCCGGGCAGCAACCAGGACAUAAGCGCUGUUUGUUCAAGGGCAUUUAAAACAUGGAGUGAAGUGACAAAUUUUACUUUUGAGGAAGUUGGAGAAAAUGCUAAAGCUGAUAUUGUGAUCGGAUUCCAUCACGGCGAUCAUGGCGAUGGGUUGCCAUUCGACGGUCCUAAAGGCGUUGUUGCUCAUGCAUUUACAGCGGUUGAUGGAAGGAUACACUAUGAUGCAGAUGAAAAAUGGAGCCUAUUAAAAGAUCCGGCGAGAGACGAGAUGGACCUGGAAACAAUUGCAGUGCAUGAAGUUGGUCAUGUGAUUGGGCUCGAUCAUAGCUCUGAGAAAGAAUCAGUGAUGUUUGCAACAAUUGGAUUCGGAACCAUCAAAAGGAAAUUGCAUUCAGAUGAUGUUCAAGGUGCACGUGACUUAUAUGGUGGUGAAAAAGCGUUACUGAGAACAAUCAAAGAGGGAGUUGGAAAGAAAUGGAGUGAAGACAUGGGGAGUGCAUGGAGUGAAGCUUAUGAUCAGUUGGCUGCAGCCAUCAGGCUGAGAUGA